GGGUUCCCGGCGCACCCGCACCGCGGCUUCGAGACGGUGACGAUGACGCUCCGCGGCGGCCUCGCGCACCGCGACUCCGCGGGCGUCAAGGAGACGUACGGCGACGGCGACGUCCAGUGGCUCACGGCGGGCAAGGGCAUCCUCCACGAGGAGAUGUGGCACUGGGCCGACAAGAGCCGGCGCGGCGAGUGCGAGCUCUACCAGCUCUGGGUCAACCUGCCCGCCGCGCUGUCCAUGUCGAAGCCGGCCACGGAGGUGCUCCGCGCGGCGGACUUGGCGACGGUCGCGGGCGACGGCGUGCUGGAAACGGACCUCGGCGGCGCGCUGACGCCCGACGGCGCGAUCCGGGCGCCGGGCGCGGCGCGCGAGGACGUGCUGCUGCGCAAGGUCGAGCUCGCGCCGGGCGCGUCCUACGCGCGCGACGUGCCCGCCGACGCGACGGCGCUGCUGUAUACUCGGCGGGGGGCGGUGGCGGUGGGCGGCGACGCCGUGCCGCGCCACACGCUCGCCUACACGGAGAAGGGCGCGGGGGCGCUGCGCGUGACGAACGACGGCGACGCGCCCGCGGAGAUCCUGCUCCUCGUCGGCAUGCCCAUCCGGGAGCCCGUCGUCUCGUCGGGCACGUGGGUCGUGUCGAGCGAGGCCGAGCUCGCCCAGGCCAACGCCGACUACGCCGCGGGCUUCCUCGGGAGGCCC